AUGUUUAGAAGAUGCAUACCUGAGGAAGAGGUAGAAGGAAUAUUGUUUGCUUGUCAUAGUUCUAGCUAUGCAGGGCACUUUGCUACUUACAAGACAGUAUCCAAGGUCCUACAAGCUGGAUUUUGGUGGCCAACAAUGUUUAAGGAUGCUCAUGCAUUCAUAUCAAGAUGUGAUGCUUGCCAAAGAAUGGGAAAUAUAAGCAAGAGGAAUGAGAUGCCACAGAACUUUAUACUAGAAGUUGAAGUUUUUGAUGUUUGGGGCAUUGACUUUAUGGGACCUUCCCAACCUCUUUUGGUGACCAAUACAUUCUAUUGCCUCUCCUUACCACCCCAAACUAGUGGACAAGUUGAGAUCUCAAACAGAGAACUCAAGAGCAUACUUCAGAAGACAACAGGCAAGACAAGAAAGGAUUGGAGUGCCAAACUAGAUGAUGCUCUAUGGGCAUACCGCACUGCCUUCAAAACACCACUUGGUACCACCCCCUUUCAUCUUGUUUAUGGUAAAGCAUGUCAUUUACCAGUGGAGCUUGAGUACAAAGCAGCUUGGGCUAUUAAGGAGUUGAACUUCAACCUAAAGACAGCAGGAGAAAGAAGAUUGAUUCAGCUGAAUGAGCUUGAUGAGAUUAGGCAUCUGGCUUAUGAGAAUUCAAAGAUCUAUAAGGAGAGAACCAAAGCUUUCCAUGACCGCAAGAUCAUCCCAAAGAACUUUGCGCCAAACGACCAAGUUCUACUAUUCAACUCAAGGUUGAAACUCUUUCCAGGAAAGCUUCGCUCAAGAUGGUCAGGACCAUUCAGGAUUAAAGAAGUUCGCCCCUAUGGAGCAGUGGUACUAUGGGAUCCAAUGGGAGGAGACUUUACAGUCAAUGGACAAAGGUUAAAACCUUACCUAGCCUCCACCACCAUACCACAGGAGACCACACUAGCUCUUGGCGAUCCACCAGAUCCUUAA